CUGUAACAACAGAUGGCCAAUGGUAAUAAAUUUAUUAUCAAGCGGAUAAAUAUAUGAUAAUAAUAAUAAUAAUAACAUAAAAUAAUUAAUUUGCUGGAUCCAUUAACCUAUGAGAUCACAAGGGUAGGGUGUCUGUCAGUGAUAAGUCAUAAUAAAAUGUUUGGCCUUUAAUUUAAUUUAAAAAUAUCCAAGGGGAUGAUGGUGCUAUCGCUAUUCAAAUAAUUCUUAUCGACUAUCCAAUUAUAAUUUAAUGAAUGUAAUUCUACAGAUAUAUAUAUCUAUAUCUAUAUUAAAUAAAUAUAACAAAAUGUUAUGUACAUAAUCUACUUGGUGGUAAAAAAGUAAUUUACAAAAAUUAUUAGCUGGUGAAAAAUUUUAAAUUUGUUUGUAAAAAUGGCUCAGUGUAAAUUAACACCACGUGAAUUUAUAAGCAAUGCAUUUUCUCCUCAAAUUGGUGCAGUUUGUUCGGCAGCUGCUGAUGCAGUCUGUCAGAAAAAUAAUUUGUCGUUUAUUGAACUGCUGCAGCCUUUUUGUAACCUCGCAACUGAAGGACACAUCAAAGAUCCCCAGGGAUCAACAAUUCCCAUUCGUAAUUUACGUCUGUCUAUUCUUGAUAUUUAUGGACAGCCACCGGAGCCAAGUGUCGCCAGGAAAAUGCUCAAUGAUUCCGUCAGCUCGGAACAGUGCGAGCGUACGACUUCUGUGAGAAUAGGAACCACUGAUUUGGAUAUUCCAUUAUCAGUACCAUGGUUUGAAUCCUGGCGUGAAAUGUUUCUUAAUGUACAGUUCCCAUCGGAUCAUGAGUUCACUAAACAUUUUUUAGCCUGCAUGAUUGUCGUAUCGACAGCUGAUGAUAAUCCUUUGGAUAAAAUUCAACAAAUGGCCGCGCAGUUACAUCAGAGUACUCCUGGAAAGUUGCCAAAGUGGUUUAAUAACAAUGCGCUGAGAUAUUAUAUCUUAAUUUAUGAUUCUACGCAAGAUGAAAAGGCCAAAGCCGAGUCGGUGUUUACGGAGAUGAAGAAUCUGUAUGAUGUAAAUAAUUGCUUCCUGUUACAAAUGAAUUCAAGACCGCCAGGUCAAAUGGACGACAACAUGUAUUUGCCUGAUCCAUGGAGUCAAUUUCUGGUAAAGUUCACUGACUUUACCAGCAGCGAUCACAGCAGCAGCCCCAGGACACCUGCAGACACUGGGGGAGUCAGUGCGAUGCCGAAUCAAGUAACUAGUGGGACUGAUAAACCAACAAGUCAAGCUGGUACACCAGUGGCGCCACAAAAUCCAGUUCUUUUGUCACCUGACAUCACUGACAAGAUAAGUCUGUCCUCGGAAAUAUCUGAGGUGGUUGCAAUACCCGUUGAAGUUGCUCAGGAAGUGGUUCCGGUGACGAUCCACCCUUUGAGUCCGGACAGUGAAAAACGGUUUAGCUCUUUUACAGACAAUAGUUACACUAAGUCACAGCACCAGGCGGUGACUGGGUCGCCGAUAAACGCAAACGUUUGGGCAGACUCCCCAAAUCGCCCGGUUGCUCAACAUGGAGCGAGACUGUCAACUCAGGAUCUUGAUAGGAUAAGAACUUUGGUGACGGAGUUUUGUAUAAAAAGUCUGCUGCCUUAUGUUGAGAAGCAAAUUGGCCUUCUGAAUGACGUCAUUUCUAAUAAGAAGGGGGUAAGUCGAUCGCUGUUCAGCGCGACGAAGCGUUGGUUCGGUACCAGCAAACCCGGAGCGCCUGGAUCUGCACCGACGAACGCGGUCAUUUACUCUGCUGAUUCUUCGGAGCUGCAGUUGCGUCGUCUAGGCGACCUCUGUUUCAUGUUCGGUCACUAUACCCUCGCGUAUCAAGCGUAUCACAGCGCGAAACGUGAUUUUGCUGCGGACCAGGCCUGGCUCUACUACGCGGGAGCUCUGGAAAUGGCAGCACUGAGUGCUUUCAUGCAGGGAGAAAUGACCAGGAAGACUGUUGAGUACAUGGACGACGCUAUUCUCACCUACUCUAACAGCUGCAAGAUGCCACAGUUCGCCACACGUGCGACGAUCCUCAGCGCGGAGUGUCUGAAGGGCAGAAACUUGUACGGUGACGCUGCCAAGCAGCUGAUCCGCAUGACUAGCGAAGACUCUGAUCUAAGGUCAGCUUUGCUGCUUGAGCAAGCAGCCUACUGCUUCGUCUCCUCUAAAAUGAUGCACAAGUACGCCUUCCACGCGGUGUUAGCUGGCCACAGAUUCUCCAAAGCCGGACAACGGAAGCAUUCGCUCCGAUGUUACCAACAAGCUUACCAGGUUUACUGCAGCAAAGGCUGGUCUCUUGCUGAAGAUCACAUUCAUUUUACAAUAGGCCGACAAGCAGCCUCGCUCAAACAAGUCGAAGAAGCGGUCAAAGCUUUUGAAAAGCUGCUCAGCCCAUCGAGCAAGCAGCCGGCGAUCCAACAAGCUGCUUUUCUACGCGAAUUUUUACAUAUUAAUAAUUUACUUAUGCAACAAGUACCGCCACAUUUUAAUGGACUUCCAAUUCUACCUCUGCCUCUGAUUGACGGCAACGAGAUAAAAGUAUUACUAGGACCACUGAUUUCUUCAAGUGACGACGCAGAUGCUCACGAUUUGUUCGAUCAGCAAGACGACAAUGACACCAGAUGGUCGAAACUUGAAGAGACACUUGUUACUGAAGCUCAGGGUAGUGUGCCGAUGAUUUUUAAACCUUCAGUGUCUCUAUAUUCUAACAAAACUAACAAUACUGUAAAGCCAAAUGCCGUUAUUGAUGAGCCUAUUUAUUUAUCAGUUGAAUUACAUAAUCCCCUGAGGAUCUCCAUUCCUCUGUACAAAAUAAAACUCAUUUGGUCGUUCACCAAAGACGGCCAGACUGCCAGCAACGAGACUCUGUCAGAAAACUCGCUGGCCGAGUCGAGUUCCGUUGAGACAGCGAUCGUGGACUCGGUCCUGCUGCAGCCGAGCUCCCGGCAAAGGGUCGUGCUGUCUUGCACGCCGACGCAGAUAGGCGAGUUAAAGAUAAUGGGCAUCAGUUACAAUUUGUCAAACCCCAGCAGUGCGAACAACGAUCUGCCGAUCGUAAAUCCCUCGGUAAUGAUCCACGGGAAACGUUUGUUCGAAGUACGGGGUCCCAAGUUAAAGAAUGUCAAAGAGAAGCCCGACGCGGUUCUCUACGGUGCUGAUUACAGACUGGAGAUGAACGUCGUCGACAAAGCGCCUUUUUUGCAAGUGUCCUUUAGCAAAGUGACAACUGAAAUGCUUUGCGGGGAACUUCAACGACUGGAAGUUGCUUUAAAAAACAUUGGAACCGCUCCUCUGACAAAUGUCUACGUCGGUUCCACUGAUGCCCGUCUAUUUUGUUUAGAGCGACCGUCAGAUAAAUCCACUAGUAAUAAUUAUAGUAAAGAUAAUAAAAUAAAUAGUGUAACUAAAAUAGUUUUGCCGUCAAUGCAACAGGUUUUAGACGUAGGAGAGACAUUUAAAAUUCCCCUGUGGAUAAGAGCGCCCCAUGAAAAGGGAAAUCAUCGACUAGAUUUAUUGUUCUACUACGAAAAUCCUCAGGCUAAGAGCACGCCGCGUUAUCGCGUAUCGAGACACACUUGGCAACUUCAAGUAUCGAAUUCUGUUGAAAUAAAAACAAUCGUACGGCCAAGUGCUGUUACGAAAAACAAUUUGCCGACGAUGAAUCUAGUGGUCCAGGUCAAGAAUACCAACAACACCCACGAGCCUUUUGUCAAUGAGAUAACUCUCACGAAGAUGUCGUUGAAGAGUGACAGCUGGAAGCUGGUGGAUCCCAUUGUCGAUUCUUUUAAGUACCAGGUGCAGCCGCAAGAGACCUGCCACCUGUUGCUGAAGUUAUCAAGAAGACUUAAUGACGACAACAUUUACUCCGAUGUCCCACUGAACGAUGACAAGGACCGGGAAUCGAUAGCCAACACUCCUUACGCGGAGUUUGUUGAAAAAAGAAAUAUCAGUCCCCAAGAUCCGAAUCUAGAGACAAACCAGGGUGUAGUUUUAGCAGACUCUCCGCUUGUUGAUACCGUGAAAUUGGGAGCGACGAUGAUUGUUAGGUGGCGCGCUCAAGUCAUGGAAGCUGGCGCGGUGAUUCGCGAGACAACUGGUCAGCAUCACGUUGAUCUUGAGCUUGUCAAUAAAUUGUACAAGCAUCCAGAAGAAGCGCCAGCAGAACCCAGUGAAUAUUCGACGCGUUUAAAAAUAUUUGGACCCGAUCGUAAUAUUCCUGACUCCACUAGUAUAAUCAAGAAGGACACUAUUGAUGAAAAUGAAUUACAAAAAAACGUCAUCACAUUCUCACUUAAUCAUUUACGAGAAAUAGCUCAUGAAUUUAAUAGGCAACAGAUUUGUAUUAUUCCUGUAACGUUAAAUUUGCAAAAUAAUUCACAGUCACAAGUUUAUGUCCAAAUAAAGACAAUUGGAACCAGUAGUCAAUUAUACUUGCCAAGUGUUAAAUCACAGCUCUAUGUACCUCAAGCGUCAACGUACUUCCGUUACGCAUGUCAUACGACAAUUUGUUGUAAAAUAGAGUCAUACCAACGUCAUACAGUUCAAUUACAAGCUGUCAUAUCAUCACCAGGUACUUAUGACUUAGCAUCACGGCUAGAUCUCUUAGCGAGACUUGAACAGUUCGAUAAUUUUGUAACUCAGAAGUGGCGACCAGAAAGUGUCUGCACUGUCAGCGAAGCAAAUUAAUGAAAUUCAUUUUUCAUGAUACCAGCAUUGAACUUAAAGUUUCAGUGUCUACUGCCAGUGGAAACAAGAUAAUUUCAAUGCAGGUAAUCAUGAAAAAUAUUGUGUGUAACUCAGGAUGAAACAAGAUUUUAAACUGCGGAUGUCAGCCAGUUUCAUCCCUUGCCACACAAUAUUCUAUUAAAUAGACGAAUAACAUAAAAAAAUAAAAUAAAUUAAAAUCAUUCCUCAAUUAUAUUUAAAGUGUAAAUAGUCAUGAGACAUGGAAUCACUCAGUUAUAUUUUUAAAACCAAUACUCGCACAUGGAUUUCAUAUUUUUUACCACUUGUUUUCUGUUAUUAUUUAUCGCCUUUUUUUAAAUGUCAUCUUUAAUUAAUUAGGCUAAUGAACAAGUGGAUGUUCGCUGUUUUGUUUAACUUAAUGAGUCAUUUAAAUAAAAGCGAGAUGAGAUCAACUCCAUCCAUUCUUUUAGUCACUGAUAAUAAUAAUAAUUACUGAAUAAAAAAAUCCUAACAUAUCUUUUGAAUUUUAAUUACAUACAACUAAUUAUCCUGGGAAAAAUACUAGGGUACGAAGAAUCGCCCAAUUAGAUAAUUUAUGCUCAUGUUUAAUGAGUGAAAAUUCAUACGUGAUCAUAUAGCUGAUAUUUUAAAAUAUAUGAUCAUAUCUAAGUAUUUUUUUUUUUUAAUUUCCCGGGAAAUUGAUUUAUACUUAAAAAUAUUUGUAUAAAAUAUUAAAAUAAUAAAUUUAUUGAUUAUAAAUGUUA